CCCAACAACGGCCACGACACUCUUAAACGAUGUCGCCCGCACAAACGCUCAAAGUCCUAAAAUUCGAAGGCAUUACGAGGAGGAUGAUAAUGCAGAAGCUCACCAGAAAAUGGAGAAAAUCUCAACGAGAAUCUCAUUUCGACGAGGACGAUAAAUUCUCUUUGCCAACACGCGACGAUUUUCGUCCCAUUGAUUCCCAAGAACAAGAAGAAUUGGUUCGAUCUCUAGAGAAAGUUCAAACCCAGCAAUCUCUUCUAUGGAGGGGUGUGUUUUCAGGGCUACUCUCCUGUUAUGCGGCUUUUCUCGUAUACUCAGUCUAUCAACAGGCCUAUUAUCCCUGGGAAUUGCGAUAUCAUGUUUACUUCAUGUAUGAAGUUGACGCUUGGACCAUCAUUGCUGCAGAUUGGGCAGCUAUUUUGACGUGUUUAAUGACCAUUAAGGGCUUAUUGCAUGAAUCAAAAUAUCAUUGGAGGUGGCUAUGGUCUUCAUGCUGCAUUGGCAUGAUAGUGGCAGUAUUUUGGUUGCAUCAUAUGCUAAGGUUACCAAAGUUUAGAUGGGAUGUUGUAUGGCUACCAUUAGGGCCCCUUAGUGGAGCUGGAGUGUGCAUUUACGUUGAGUAUUUACUAAAUGUGUCAUCUGAAGAAGUGAGGAAACUUAGAGGAUAUAUGUAUGCAUAUAAAGCCAGGUAAGAGUGCAGAGGAUGUAUCUAUGGGCCCUUAAAAGCCAGUUAAGAGCUUUGCCCUAAUCGAAUUUUAAUACUCGUCGAGUUCCAUGGUAUGAUAGCCCCCCCUCCCCACUUACUUUUCUUGGUGUACGACAGGGAAGAGCUGAAACUAGUGGCCAGAGCUCUUCUAUUCCACUCUCCUUUCCCCCCACCAGGGGCUUCACAGUAAAUCUUCGUUCUUGGCACUGAGAAAAAUAUACUUUGUUUUUGGUGGAAAUUUUUGUUCUUUUGGCUGUUUUGAAAAUGCUAUGACUGCAUGUAAAUGUUUUGAUUGGGAGAAACGUUUUAUUUUGGGUGAGACAACUAGGGGUGGCAGAAUGAGUAAUUUAUAUGGGUAACCGCAAAUUAAGCUCA